AUGUCGCAACCAGUGCUUCCGAACACAUCAAACUUUCUUGCUGUCGCACUCGUCAUCAAGAGGUCUCGCGAUGGGCCCAACUUUGUCUUCCACUAUCCUCCACACGUCGCUCCACCCCAGACUCAUCAACCUCACCAUGAGUUGGUCUCAGACUCUCGCGAUAGCGAUGACAUUCUCCUCGAGCGUCUGAACAAUGCCGGAUCAAGGGACGAGCCUGUUGAUCCCACCUCCAAGACGGAUCAUCUUUCACACCAGAAUUGGGAUGAUCACCAGUUCACCGAGAGUGGCACUCAGCUGGUUCCCUGGGAGCGCGUCGCUGGCUUCCCUACGCAGGACCUAGCCAGCGUCUUGACCCCAGCCAAGUCAUACCACAAGACGCUCUUCCAACUCUCACUGGACCCGUUGUACUGUGUUUCGUACCCCAUCCACGUCCCCGAGAAUGGCGUCUGGAAGAAGAAGAAGAAACAGCCAAAGACGGAAAAGGCCAAAUCUACCAAGACAGAUGACACCUACAUAGUACCAUCUGAAAACGAUGUCUCGAGACAGAGCGGCGGGGAAACGCCAACGAUUUCUGAUGCAGCCCAGUCAGACCACAAGGACAAGGAGAAGGGAAAGGAAGACGAGGCAGAGGACAAGCGGGCCUCGAUGACCAUGUUCAAUCUCGUCUUCAUCAUACACCCCAAGAAGCACGAAGUCAAAGAACUCGUUGCUACUUUAUACUACAACAUCAUCAAAAAGGUCAACAAGGCCUACAAGUAUAGCCAGCAGCACAGCGACUUCGUCUGGAAGGAGUCAAAACGUAUCAUUGCCCUCAAAGACAAGGCAAGAGAAGACAAACGCAAAAUGAGCUCUCUGUGGGCAGAGAUUCUAAUGUCGUCUUCACUGGCUGCUUCGGUACAGGAUAUCUACGAAGCUGUAUCACAGAACAAGAUUGCCGCUCUGCAGUUAGACACAGUGGCGGGGCCUUUGACGCCGUCUGUGCAGAUUCCGGUACCGUUUUACGUCGCAGAUCUGCCACAAGAUGGCGAGGAGGGCCAACGCGGUCUCUGGCUCACGACGGCAAACUCGUUCACGGGAGAAGACACCAUAGACGAGCCAGGCUUCCUGGAUCGUAGCUUCGGACUGCUUCUCAUGGAGGACGAGCGGAAAAUCAUUGCUGAGCUUCAAGCUGAUCCGGAUCCAACCACCGCUGCCAUGGUGGAAUUUGUCCGACUGUCCAAGCCAACGCAAUCAUUCUUCCAAAUCGGCCAAAGCAAUAUACUCUCACUCGGCCAGGUCCGCAAAUACGCCCAGCACUUUAUAUUCUGGCGCCGCGCCAUAGCAAUCCCGCCGCUCCACGCCCGGGAUGUCUACAUUCUCUCGCCAAACAGCGACACGCGCAACCUGCCCCGCGCCAGCGUUGAAUGGGCAAAGGCCUUCCCCCUCGCUCCGCCGCUGACAAACUUUCUGGCGGAGCUCUCCUACGCCCCCCGCCCUUACAAGCACUAUUGCCCGAGCAAAGCACACCGUCCAACCUAUCUCCUCAUGCUCGGCUGGCUGAUGCGUGGAGGCUGGGUCACGCAGCUCUGCACCUUUGCUUACGUUGUCGUCUGGCCAGAGAUUCAAUACGAGGUUGAAUACGAGCUCGAGGCCGAGGAGCUGCGCCGCGCCGAGGAUCCUUCGCUGGGCACCAGCGCACCGAGCUCGAGCCUCGAGUCUCUGGACGAUGGUCGCCUCGCGUCGCCCGCGUCGCAGACCUCGCCCGCCGCCGGCGCCGGCACCGGCAACGGCACCGACACCCCCGCCGCCCCACCGCACGUGCCGACCAUGAACGAGCAGGUCGCCGAGCAGGCGCGUCUCUCGCGUAUCGCCGAGAAGACGCAGCGCGAGGCGGCCGAGAAGGCAGCGGCGCACGCACGUAAGGUCGUCCCGUCGGCGACGGAGCGCCCGUCCCUCAACGAGGCGGCGCACCUCGCCGGCAUGACGCCGCGCGUCAUACUCGACGCCAAAAAGGCCACGGGCAAGGACUCGCUGUACCUGUCGGCCAUUGGGCGCCGCUUCCGCGACGAUAAGCUCGCCAAGGCGUGGCAGCUGUACUGGAAGUACUUCAACGGGCAGUCGGCACUCGAGCGCAUUGCGCUGCAGGAGGACAUGAAGCGUAAGGAGGCUUGGACUCAACUAACGGCCAUGAGCGAGUACCUCAUCUGCGUUCGUCACUGGUGA